AGAGGGAGAAGGAAUCCUUGACUCAAUUCUUAACCCGCUGGAGGGACGAGGUUGAUAAAGUAGAAGAGAUGGAUGAUAAGACAGCCAUGUCUUUGUUGAUGAAUACCUUCCGGUCUCGUGACCUCUACACUGAAUUUUGUAGGAGGCCACCCUCCUCUUAUCAAGAAGCCUACAAUACGGCAUGGGAGUAUGCCGAGGCGGAAGUCUUGAACAAGAGUAAGCGGGAACUGGAGGAAGGUUACACAAGGGUGAAAGCCAAUAAGCCAAAGAAGGACGACCAGACGGGAGGGUCCAAGCCAAAGGCCACGGAUCUGCCCAGGACGGGGGGAGAUCAUAAUGACCCAUUGGUCAUUACAAUGGACAUCAACGGGGCUGAUGUUGCUAGAGUCUUGGUUGACACUGGGAGCAGUGUCAAUGUCUUAUACUUGGACGCUUUCAAGAAAUUGAAGCUAGAGAGGUCCAUGUUGAGACCAUUGCAAACUCCAUUAUCAGGCUUCACUGGAGCUAGCAUAGAAGCGGAAGGUCAGAUAACCUUACCGGUUACCUUGGGGUCAGGUAACAGGACAGUGACCAAACAAAUGAGAUUUGUUGUGGUCGACAUCAAAUGUGUGCAUAAUGCCAUUCUGGGUAGGCCUGGAAUCAACCAGGUCAGGGCCAUUAUUUCCAUGGCACACUUAUGCAUGAAGUUUUACACUCCCAAUGGAAUCGGGGAGGAAAGGGGUGAUCAAAAGAAUGCCUGGUCCUGCUACCUGGAAGCAGUCAAGAAGAUGAUCCGCCAGUUCAAACAAAUUGAACUGGUCUCCCAGCAGGUAGACAAGGGUGAGGAGAAGGCUAGGAUCGAGCCGGAUGCAAACACGGAGGAGAUCCAGAUUGAUGCCUCCAAUCCUGAAAGGAAGGUCAAAAUUGGGGCUGAUCUUCAGGAGGAGCUAAGGACUGAGAUUGUCCAGGUGCUGACCAGGUAUAAAUCAUUGUUUGCCUGGAGUGUUGCUGAUAUGCCCGGAAUUGACCGGUCAGUCAUUUGCCAUCGUCUCUCUAUUCUUGAGGGGUCUAGGCCUGUAAGACAGAAGAAGAGAUUCUUGGCAAGUGAAAGGAGAGACUUUGUGAAGAAAGAAAGGACCUACUUGAGGUAGGUCAUAUCAGGGAAGUAAACUACCCUGAAUGGC